AUGUGUACAUUCACCAUCAACCUAUCUCCUACAAGGCGUCACUCUCUUUUUCUUCCCUCAAAAACCGUAGCAGCCCCCCCCCCCCCCCCCCCCCCCCCCCCCCCCCCAACAAUGGCUACAGCCGCCGCUAUCCCCACCACCACCGUUCAAGCUUUCGAAAAUGACAUGGCCACUGACGGCGGUUCCGCCGCCGUCCCCCUCCCCGCCGUCAUGAAAGCUCCGAUCCGACCCGACGUAGUAACCUACGUCCACUCCAACAUCUCCAAAAACUCUCGACAACCUUACGCCGUAUCGAAAAAGGCGGGUCAUCAAACCUCGGCGGAGUCAUGGGGUACUGGUCGUGCUGUUUCUCGUAUCCCACGUGUACCUGGUGGUGGGACCCACCGUGCUGGACAAGGUGCUUUUGGUAAUAUGUGUCGUGGUGGUCGUAUGUUUGCGCCCACAAAAAUCUGGCGGCGUUGGCAUAGAAAGAUCCCUGUUAAUCAGAAGCGUUUUGCUGUUGCUUCAGCUAUCGCUGCUUCAGCUGUUCCUUCGCUGGUUCUCGCUCGUGGACAUCGAAUUGAGGGGGUCCCCGAGCUGCCUUUGGUGGUUUCUGAUUCUGUUGAGGGGAUUGAGAAGACUAGUAAUGCUAUCAAGGCGUUGAAGCAGGUUGGUGCUUAUCCUGAUGCUGUAAAGGCCAAGGAUAGUCACGCUAUUCGUACAGGUAAGGGGAAAAUGCGUAAUAGAAGGUACAUUUCGAGGAAAGGUCCAUUGAUUGUGUAUGGUAAUGAAGGGGCUAAGUUGGUUAAAGCGUUUAGGAACAUUCCUGGAGUGGGUAUUUGUCAUGUUGAUCGUUUGAACCUGUUGAAGCUCGCGCCUGGAGGUCACGUUGGGCGGUUUAUUAUCUGGACGAAAUCAGCUUACGAGAAAUUGGAUGGGAUUUACGGGUCUUUUGAUAAGCCAUCUGAGAAGAAGAAGGGAUAUGUGUUGCCACGCGCAAAGAUGGUGAAUGCUGAUCUUGCUAGGAUCAUCAACUCGGACGAGGUGCAGUCUGUUGUGAGGCCAAUCAAGAAGGAUGUGAAGAGGGCAACUUUGAAGAAGAAUCCACUUAAGAACUUGAAUGUAUUGCUGAAACUCAACCCCUAUGCAAAGACUGCUAGGAGAAUGUCGCUUUUGGCUGAGGCUCAACGUGUCAAGGCUAAGAACGAGAAGCUCGACAAGAAGAGACAUCAACUCACUAAGGAGGAGGCAUCAGAUAUCAGGGCAGCAGGCACAUCUUGGUUCAAGACGAUGAUUUCAGAUUCUGAUUACACGGAGUUUGAGAACUUCACAAAGUGGCUUGGCGUUACACAGUGAAUGACAAAUUUUGUUUUUAGAUAAUGGUAGAAACUAUUUUGUUUGAUUGUUGGUUCAGUCUGAUCUUCUUUUCAGUUUUGAUGGUUCAAGCUGAGAUUAAGUGGGAGGGAAACUAUAUCCUCAAGUUACCAAAGUUACUUGUGAAUUCUUUUCCUGGCCAUAUUUUGUUGUCAAGUUCUCUUUUAGUUGAAAGAUUAUUUUUAAUAUGGGAUAACUCUUACGACGAA